GUUGGCAACGGAUAUGAGUGAUAUAACAUAGAUUUUGUUUUUCCAAGGUUUGAUGAAGAAUCUCUCUGUUUCACACUUCACUCAUUUGAGCUCCUUAAGGAUCAUGCCUCCUUUCACAAACUUGCAUGGAAUCUCCAAAACCUUAAUUCCCCUGAAAUGCCUUCCAAAUGCACACGAUACCAUAAAAAGAGGACAAGUGGUUGGAUUUCUUGGAAGCAAAACACAAGAGGAACCAUCAGAAUGUUCAGUUCAGACCACAAGAAGAACAGCAGCAAUAGGGCUUACCACUCUAGUCCUCACAUGGCCAUUCCAUGACAAGAUUUCAUCAGCCAAAGAUAAUGGUUUCUGGGUUGAAGAUCACCCUCUUCCUCGAUUAACCGUCGCAAACAAUAUUGCAAAUGAGAAAACGGGGACACGUUCUUUUCUUAAAAGGGGACUGUUCAUGCCAGAUAUUGGACUGAAAGGAAGUGUGCAAAGGAUUAAGAGAUAUUCCUUUGAUCUUCUAGCGAUGGCAGAUUUGGUACAUGCAGACACACUCAACUAUGUGAGGAAGUACCUAAGACUCAAGUCUACCAUCAUAUACUAUGAUUUUGACAAGCUUAUCUCUGCCACUCCAGUGGAUGAUGAAAAGCAGCAACUUACUGAUAUGGCUAACAAGUUGUUUGAUAAUUUUGAAAGGCUUGAAGAAGCUUCAAGAAAGAAAAGUCUACCCGAAACAAAAUCAUGCUAUCAGGAAACUGAAGUUUUGCUUAAAGAUGUCAUGGACCGGAUGGAUGUAUUGUACGAAACAAUUUAAUCAAGCUGUUACUAUUUCUCUUGUCAAAAAUCAAUUAUACGUGUUUGAUGUACAAUACUGAUUCCAAGAGAUGGGGUGCUCUUCAAGAACAUAGGAGGAUGUUAUGUCAGAAGAAUUGCAAAUGUAUGAUAGUGUCAACUACUAUUAUAGUGAUUUCAAUUAUUGAUGGAUAUGUAUCACCACCCUGGCUAUUAUAUGA